GAACCAAGCAGUAUGUGAAUAUAAUAACAUUACUAUUUUGCAUAAUGAAUCCAACUCCUCACCCUAUAAAGAAACUUCCCCUGCUGAUAUCUCCCUCCACAGCACUGCUAAGCAAGGUCUCUCUCUCUCACUCAUGGCUUGGUUGAAUUUGAGGAGGCUUUUACCAACUAUAAAGGCAUGGAAGGACUUCACCACCAAACUACAAAGCAAACUGCACAAGCUUAACAGAUCCAAAGCCAUCAAGAAACCAAGAAAUCAUACCAACCUUACAAGUAAAGCAGUUUUCCGGCCUUCCUUGCGCCUUCAACCCCGUCUCAAACGUCAAAGAGGGACACUCCAACCAGGCCAUGCACUUCGCUACAAUCACCGUUAUCGCCUCCAAAAGAGACCUAAGCCUGUAUGUAUCGACCACCUUUUAGUCGAGCCUGUACCGGUGGUGAGGGAGACCACAACAGUAAGCAAGGAGGCUAUAGAGAAAUGUUCAACAAGUGCAAAUAAAACCGAGCACACCAAUCAGCAAACCAGAGAGCAAGGAAUGAUCAAGGAAGAUGAUGACUUCGGAAAGGACCAUUCAGCAGAUGACUUGUGGGAAUCAAUGGUGUUGGCAUCACCACAGAUGCGUGGAAUUAACGAGAGAGCAGAGGAGUUUAUCACUAGAUUCCGGGGAGAGAUGCAGCUUCAGGAGAUGAUAGCUCGUCACUUGUAGUUUAAAACAGAUACUUUUAACGAUAGUGUACUUAAUUCUUCUUUCGUCUGUUUACUGUAAAUUUAAGUACUGCAAUA